AUGUCAUGUUCUUGUUCAACUUUGAGUUUCGACGAGAAUCAGUGGGUCAUUAACAUCGGUCGAGCCCUCGAAAAAGAGCUUGAAGAUGAUAAUGACGAUCCCGUGUGCAUUUUUACUGUCCCCAAAACCUUAAUGUCUUCCCAUCCCGAAUCUUACACUCCACAACAACUUUCACUAGGUCCAUACCAUUAUUCGCGGCCAGAUCUACAUGAGAUGGAGAGGUAUAAGCUAUCGGCAGCCAAGAAAUUGCAAAAUCAACUUCGCAGCCGCAACUUUGAACAUCUUGUCGAGGAAUUGAUGAAGCUUGAACAAAAGAUUAGGGCAUGCUACCACAAGUACUUUAAUUACAAUGCUGAAACGCUAGCGUGGAUGAUGGCUUUGGAUGUUUCAUUCUUGCUUGAGUUUCUUCAAAUUUAUUCUUUAGUUGAAACUAAAAUGGUAUCGACGAUGACGACGUCACGAAUGUCUCAUUUGCUUGAUUAUUCGAAGCGAAAAUCGGCUCAUCAUGUACUUCUUAGAGAUAUGGUGAUGCUUGAGAAUCAAGUUCCACUAUUUAUAUUGAGGAAGGUACUUGAAUUUCAACAAUCGUCAGCUGAAUCAUCUGAUUGUAUGCUGCUUUCCAUGGUAAGAGGAUUAGCUAAAGAUCUCUCUCCUUUCAAGAAGGUCGAGCUGCCAAAGUCCAAGAAAAUCUUGGAGCAUUCCCAUUUGUUAGACAUCUUGUAUGACAUUAUCGUGCCGAAAGUGGAAGAAUCAAUCGAGGUCGUACUUGAAGAAGUUGUAGAUCAAAUCGAAGCUGAUCAGCAAGAAAGUAACGGAUUUAGCUUUGAUUCGAAUUACGUGAAGGAGCUCCUGAAAGAGAUUUGGAAAAUAGUUUCACAACUAAAGAUACGUCCAGUCCGUCUCAUCAAUAAGGUUUCAUCAUCAGUAACAAUCAAGUUGAAAUUUUCUUGGACAAUCGUCUCUAGACUCCUGCAUAUAUCAGAUGAUCUCAAUGGCUCAGAAAAUGAGGGCUCCAAUGACAGCAUUAACAUGCCACCAUUGGUAGAAGAGAUCACCAUUCCUUCCGUCACCCAGCUCUCAAAUUCUGGUGUUUCUUUCAUCCCCACUAAGGGUAACAUCUCUACCAUUAAUUUCAACAACGAGAAAGCUGCAUUUUACCUACCCACAAUUAAUGUAGAUUUAAACAGUGAGGUGAUGUUUAGAAACUUGAUAGCAUAUGAAAUAUCAAAUGCAUCAGGACCUUUGAUUUUUACUCGAUACAUAGAAUUGAUGAAUGGGAUCAUUGACACUGGUGAGGAUGUGAGAUUGCUUAGAGAAAAGGGUAUCAUUAUAAACCGAUUGAAGAGUGAUGAAGAGGUGGCCAAUAUGUUGAAUGGGAUGAACGACUACAAGGCCAUUAGAUUGACAAAAGCUCCAAUAGAUAAGGUGAUUGAAGAUGUGAACAAGUACCACGAUAGCCGAUGGAUGGUCAAGAUAAGAAAAUUCAUGAAGCGGUCUGUGCUCUUUUCAUGGCAGUAUCUCACGGUGUUCGCUGCUAUUUUGCUCUUCGUCUUAUUGGCCAUGGAAUCGUUUUGCUCAGUUUUUACAUGCUCUCGCAUCUUUCACGUUCAUUAUAUUUUUCCGAGCCAGGUUCAGGGCUAG